AGAUAGAAAAUCUUCAUAUCUUACUUCACUGCAUUCUUACACCGAGCUGACAAAUUUUGAUUUUAAAAUUUAAGUAACUAAUAUGUUUGUUGCAAUAAAGAAUUUAUCACAUUUUUUCUUUUUUAGUAGUUAAAGUGAAUUUGUAGACCCAAGAAAUUACUUACUAAUUUUUUUUGUAUAGUUCGGUAUAACAUCAACUGUGUGCUUCUGACGACACUUUGUACAUAUUUGCGAUUGAGGUGUUGUUAAUUUUGCAAUACGAAAGAAGGUUUCAUUUAUACUAAAUAUAUUAAAUUUACUUAUCAAUAUUUUAUUGUUAAUUAAACUCAAGCAUAGCAUACAUAUUUUGGUAAAUUACGUUUAAUGAGGACAGUGAAUUGUAACAUAAUCUUUAUAUUGAUAAGGAAUUAUGGAAAUAAAUCCAUUAAGUACAAUUCUUGUGAAAAGUGACAGCAAAGGUGAUAGACUCUUGUUUCGUUAUCCACAUAUAGCCAAACACAUACGAGAUUCCAAUCAGUGUACAAAAAGAAAAAACCCUUAUUCUUUAACUAUAGCAGAAGAUUCAUUACAGUCUUUACCUUUCUCAACCUCCAACGUAAGCAAUGGAAAUUUAACUGGAGUAACCGAUGAAGUCUUGUCAACGUUAUUUGCUGUUAAACCAGAAUUGUGUGAACAGAAGUUUGAAUUAAAAGUAAACGAUGUUCGCUUUGUUGGACACCCAACUCUCGUUCCAUCUCGUGGAUUAAAAGAAGUAAAUUCUUCUAUGCUAUUUAAUAUAGUCUUUGCCCUUCCUGCACAAGCAAGUCACUCUAUAGUAAAAUGUUAUUACGAUUUAAGUAAAAGAUUAGGUAUAGCAUUGAGGCACGAAGAAAAAAGAUGUGGAUUUUUAACAGAAGAAAUCAAAAUUAUGGUUUCUACUCAUGACGAAGUUGCUACUAGAUCGGAAGGUGAAAGUGAUUGCGAUGAAUCACCGUACGAAUUAAUAUUGCAAAGAAGCUUACUUGCACGUGAUUUAAAAUCUGUGUUCAAUAGUCUCAGUACUUCUGGAAUUAUUAAUAUUAUGAUCAAUAAAUGGAUUCAAGUUCGUUUCUGCCUACCACAAAAAGUUCAUCAAUCCCAUAAGAAAGGAUUUGUUAUUAAUCCAGAAAUAAUAGAUAGAUGUUUAAAUAGUUUAAGACCAUAUCAUGGUUUAUUAUUACUUAUUGAGCCAUUAAACUUGUUGGAUACGCUUCCUAUAGAUUCUUCUCCAGCUCUUAAAUGUCUUAUUCAGAUGUACAGUCCAUUGAAAAGUUUGCAAACUUUAGCUGCUGAUUCUGACCUUACGCUUACUCAAGUUUUUCAAUUAACCGGUCAUCUAGUUUACUGGGCCAAAGCUACUAUAAUUUAUCCCCUUUGUGAAAGCAACGUGUAUGUUAUAUCACCAGAUGCUGUUAUCACAAAUCAAUUACUAGAGGCAUUUUCUGAAGAAUUUCCAGGGCUAUGUCUUUUACAAGUUAUUAGUGAUUUUUCAUUGCCAACGUCGAUAAGUCAAAAAUUGAAUCCUUUGAAUCAAUCGCAACAACAAACGCAAUUAGUAAAAAUAAUAAUAUGGUUAUUAAAAAAUCAUUUGCUUUUACAAUUGCACACAUAUGUGCAGUACAUGCCAACUGUACAUGGUCGAAUACCUCUGGAUUUAAAGGAUGAAACUAAUUAUAACAUAAAAGAAAUCACCGAAAGUGGCAGUACAAGAAAUUUGAAUGACACUUCAAAAGGAACUUCAACUGAUAUGAAAGAAGAAUUAUUAUUAAAUCUUCAUAAAGAAAAUGGUAUAUAUAAUUAUCAAUCAGAAGAUUAUGAUAUUCCUUCUGAUGACAGGAAAUUACUUGACAAACUCUGUCGUCUUGGAUAUUUUAAUGGAGGGCAUCACUUGGAAGAAAUUAUGUAUUUAGAAAAUAUACGUAGGUCUCAAAUAUUACAGAUUUUAGAUAAGUUUCGAGAUGUAUUAAUUACAUGUGAAUGUGAAGACCCUGCUAUAGCUUUGUUUUUUAGUCAAUUUGGUUCUUAGCAUUUUAAAUAUAAAUAUACUUUCAAAUCAGCUAUUGCUUAUGUUUGGUGAAUAUUACUUGAAAAACAUUGUAAAAUAUUUGAAGAUAGCAUUACAGUACUGUAUAAAUACAACAAUAUUGUAAUAAGCAUUGGAUAAAAUGGAGAAAAGUUAAAUUUAAUGUAUCAAAAUAGAUAUUUUGUAUAUAUUAAAAGUGUGCGGGAAUUUCUGAAACCCGAUGCUUUGGAUGGAACAGGAAGACGCGGAUCAGGACGGGAUGAGAUCCCAAAAAAUUCGGGAUUCCCGAGAAAAUUCAAGAUUUCUGAUACUGUACGAAAUCUUUCAAUAUUGUUUUGUCAUCUAUCUAUAAUAUAGAUUAGUUUGACUAUGCAUAGUCUUUAGCAAUAUAUUAACAAACCAGAACCGAUUCUCGGGAAUCCUGAAAGAAAGAAUCCGGUCUCGCACACCCCUAGUAUUUGUAUAAAUUAAGAAUAUUAUUGUGCGAGGCCUUAGCAUUCGUUAAGGCAUUUCUAUGAAAUAUGUAAUAAAAGACAGUCAAUGAUCUCAAUUCAAUUCAUGAGACUUAAGAAUAAAUAAUGAACUACUUCAUACAUAAAA